AUGCGGCUUGCACCCAGGGAAGAGGCAAAGCUUCUUUUGUCCCAGGUUGGGUUCAUCGCCCAAAAGCGUCUCGCCAGAGGCCUCCAGCUGAACCAGACAGAGGCCGAAGCUUUGAUUGCAUCUCAAUUACAGGAACGCAUACGAGAUGGCAAGCACUCGGUCACACAAUUGAUGCAUCAUGGCAGAACCCUCCUCGGCAGGAGACAUGUUCUACCAGGCGUAUCCAGCCUCCUCCACGAGAUCCAGGUCGAGGGCACAUUUCAUGACGGCGUUUUUCUCGUGACUGUACAUGAUCCUAUAUGCAACGACACAGUCGACCUGUCGGACGCGCUGUACGGUUCGUUUCUCCCCGUCCCGUCAGACGAUGCCUUCCCCGAGUUUGUCUCAUCUGAAUACACCCGCGAGAACGCCCCUGGCGCGGUCAUUGUCAAAAAGGAGCCUAUCACUAUCAAUCUUGGACGUGAACGUGUUAGACUCAGCGUGACAAACAAUGGUGAUCGCCCUAUUCAGGUUGGCUCGCAUUACCAUUUCAUCGAGACCAACAAGGCGCUCGCUUUUGACAGAGCCAGGGCAUACGGAAAGCGUUUGGACAUCCCUGCCGGCACGGCAGUACGAUUCGAGCCUGGAGAGACCAAACCCGUCACUCUAUGCGCCAUUGCAGGACUUAAAAAGAUCACGGGCGGGAACCGGCUUGCCUCCGGUAUAGUUGAUUUGACAAGAGCAGAUAACAUCAUUGCCAAUUUGAUUCAGAGAGGUUUCGGUCAUGUUCCCGAGCCUCGUGCGCUGGAAAUAUUCUCGGAUACGCAGAUGAGCAGGGAAACAUACGUCGCCAUGUUUGGACCAACAGUGGGCGACAGGGUGAGGCUGGGUGAUACAGAACUGUGGAUUGAAGUCGAGCGGGACGAGACGGUCUAUGGUGACGAAGUCAAAUUCGGAGGAGGCAAAACCAUUCGCGAGGGUAUGGGCCAAGCAACAAACCGGUCACACUUGAAUGCUCUCGACCUUGUAAUCACCAACGUGCUGAUCGUUGAUUGGAGUGGAAUCUACAAGGCAGAUAUUGGAGUCAGGCAGGGAAGAAUAGUGGGUAUAGGAAAAGCGGGUAACCCGGAUAUCAUGGAAGGCGUACAUCCACAUUUGAUUAUCGGCUCCUCAACCGAAGCUCUUGCUGGAGAAAAACUAAUCGUCACUGCCGGCGCCAUCGAUGCGCAUGUCCAUUACAUUUGUCCUCAACAGGUUCCGGAGGCCCUCGCGUCGGGCGUGACUAUGAUGAUUGGUGGCGGUACUGGGCCUAGCUCCGGCUCAAAUGCGACGACCUGUACCCCGAGUCCAUUCUACAUCCGACACAUGCUUGCCGCGACGGAUACGCUCCCGAUGAAUUUCGCCUUCACAGGGAAGGGGAAUGACUCAGGCACACAGGCGUUAGAGGAGGUCGUCGUCGCGGGCGCUGCCGGACUGAAGCUGCAUGAGGACUGGGGUUCCACGCCGUCAGCGAUCUCCAAUUGUCUGGACGUGGGCGAUAAGUACGAUGUCCAGGUCAACAUCCACACGGACACUCUGAACGAGAGUGGUUUUGUUGAAAGUACUAUUGAAGCUUUUGGCAAUCGCACCAUCCACACCUAUCAUACCGAAGGGGCUGGCGGGGGACACGCUCCCGACAUCAUCACCGUUUGUGAAUUAGACAAUGUGCUGCCCUCCUCAACUAAUCCCACGCGUCCAUAUACGAAAAACACGCUCGAUGAGCAUUUGGACAUGCUCAUGGUCUGCCAUCAUCUCGAUAGGUCCAUCUGCGAAGAUCUCGCAUUCGCCGAGUCGCGCAUCCGUGCAGAGACAGUGGCAGCAGAAGACGUGUUGCACGAUAUUGGAGCCAUCUCGAUGAUUAGCUCCGAUUCUCAGGCUAUGGGCCGUGUGGGCGAGGUCAUCAGCCGAACGUGGCGGACUGCGAGCAAGCUGCGCGAGUUCCGGGGCCCCUUAGCGUCGCUGGGCGAUGCGCCAGGCCGAGAUAAUGCGCGCGUCAAGCGCUACGUCUCCAAAUACACCAUCAAUCCUGCCAUCACGCACGGCGUGAGUCAUCUGGUCGGGCAGGUCGCCGUCGGGACGCUGGCGGACCUCGUCUUAUGGAAACCGGAGAACUUCGGCACGAAGCCCGAAAUGGUGCUCAAGUCGGGCGUGAUUGUGUGGGCGCAGAUGGGUGACGCAAACGCCUCCAUUCCAACCGUACAACCCGUCAUCGGGCGGCCGAUGUGGGGUGCACUUCCGAUGUCUGCGGCAUUGAACUCUGUCGCGUUUGUCUCAGCGGCUUCGAUUGAAUCGGGCACCGUGCGGGGCUACGGGCUUUCGAAGCGCUGUGAAGCGGUCAGAAACUGCCGGAACGUGACUAAGAAAGACAUGAAAUGGAAUCGUGCCACACCGAAGAUGCAGGUGGACCCGGAAAAAUAUGAGGUUCGGGCAGAUGGUGAAUUGAUGACCAUUGAGCCUGCUGAGCGACUCCCGCUGGCCCGUGCAUAUAAUAUCUUCUGA